AUGCCGAUCCAUGGAACGUCGUCGCAGCACACGGGCUUGCUCCAACGUGAAAUCGCGGAUAUGUCAAGCUUCAUACGGAAGUCCCUCGCUGAACUGCAGAAAGAGUUGGACGACCCAAAAGCGAGACUCGGUGCGUCCGCCUCUGCAGUGGGAGAUAGAGAAGUCCUAGAGAAGCGCAAGCAAGAAGCGGACCGCCUUCACGGUCGUAUUCUACAAGCAAGCGCGGGCAUCGAUACUCGCGAUACUCGCGCGGCCGUGGAGUCGAUUGGCAUCGAUAUUCGCGCGACUUGCGCGGCCGUGGGGUCGACCAGGCCAGGCACGGGUAACAUGUUCAGGCCAUCGAUAAGAGCCGAACAUAAUCCUGCGUCGAUACUUGUGAAGCUUGAUUCUCGUGGGAGCGAUGGACUACCGAACACGUGUGAGUCGCGUCUAAAAGCGGCUGUUCUACGGAGGCUCGCCUCACGGACGUUGCAAUCCAUGUAUGUGUGUAUGUAUGUGUAUGUAUGA